AUGGCGUCUCAUGUGCCCAAGAGCGAGACCUUCAAGAACCCCUACAAUGGCGAGUCCUACGGCCUGGCUACGUGGGUAUACGACCUAGUGGUGUUCGUCUUCAACGUUUGCUUCACCAUCUUCUUCCGAGAAAUCAAGAUUCGCGGCACGCACAACAUGCCCUGCAAGGGCACGCCCACGAUCCUGGUGUGCGCGCCGCACGCCAACCAGUUCGUCGACGGCGCGCUGGUCAUGUCGCAGGUGCGCAACCUGCGGGGCAGCCGCUCCCGCCAGACGUGCCUCGUCACCGCGGAAUCUAGCUACAAGAAGCGCUUCAUCUCCAUCUUCAGCCGGAGCACGGGCGGGAUCCCCGUGCCGCGCGCCCAGGACAAUCUUAAGCCCGUGGACCCGGCUCUCGAGAUUUACGUCCCAGACUGGGCCGAGCCCACAGUGCUGAAGUGCCGCGUCGUGGGGCGCAACGAAUCCCCCCGGCUCUCCUCUCGCUUCACCCCCAAGUCGCUGGUUGGCAUGCCCAGCUUCCUCGGCAACGCCCAGAUCGCUGAGAUUCCGGACGACGAGACCCUUGUGCUCACAAAGCCUUUCAAGGACAACUCGCAGGUCCGCGACCUGCUCACCAAGGGCACAAACUUCAAGUACGCGCCUAAGAUUGACAACACUUCCGUGUUCCAGAACGUUUUUAACCAUCUGCACUCGAACGGCUGUGUCGGUAUUUUCCCCGAAGGCGGCUCCCACGACAGACCAUCGCUGCUUCCCAUCAAGGCGGGCGUCGCCAUCAUGGCUCUCGGCGCCGCUGCUGCAGACCCCUCCUCCAAAAUCCAUGUAGUACCCUGCGGUCUCAGCUACUUCCACAGAAACAAGUUCAGAUCCAGAGCCGUCCUGGAGUUUGGCCAGCCCAUUAUCGUAGAUGGCGAAAUGGGCAAGCGCUACGAGGCCGACCCCAGAGGCCAGACGUCAGAGUUGUUGGACAAAAUCACUCAGGCCCUCUACGCCGUCACGGUCAACGCGCCUGACUACGAAACGCUCAUGACUAUCCAGGCUGCCCGGAGGCUUUACCAGCCGGCCAUCGCCAAAACUCCCGAUGGCAACGGCCAUCUUCCGCUUCCUUUGGUUGUCGAAAUGAACCGCCGCUUGUUGAUAGGGUACUCAAAGUACAAGGAUGACCCUAGAAUACGACAUUUGAAAGCCAUGGUCUUGCAAUACAACUCCAAGCUCUAUGCCCUAGGCCUCAGGGACCAUCAGGUUCCAAAGCUGACCUCAAAGGGUGGCGAGUGGAUUUCCCUGUUAACGAUAUGUACUCGCGUGAUCCGCAUCUGUUUCUACCUCCUUCUGUCUUUGCCAGGCACCAUUUUGUUUAUGCCCGUCUUUGUUACCUGCCACUACUACGCGCAGAAAAAAGCAGAAGAUGGGUUGAAGAAGUCUCUGGUCAAGAUCAAAGGCACUGACCUGCUGGCAACUUGGAAGCUACUUGUUGCCCUCGUGCUGGCGCCCACUCUCUAUGUCACCUACUCACUAAUGCUGUGCUACUUGGUGAAGCACUACCCACAAUUGUUCGAGUCGUUGUGGGUUAUUGGAACGAGAACAAACGGGUACACAUCAGUGAACUUUGUAUUUUUCUACGCGCUGCUGGUUUCUGCCACUUAUGCCAGUUUCAAAACUGGCGAAACUGGGAUGGAUCUGUUUAAGUCUCUGCCCCCACUAGCAGUUUCGCUAGUUUACACAAAACGCCAGCUUGAAGAUCUUAAGGAGACCAGAAAGCAGCUCAGCCUGGAGGUCACUCAAGUUUGCAAUGACUUGGGUCCCACCGUCUUUCCCGAUUUUGGGCGUUUUAUUACAACUCAAAAGGCCGCCGAGCGCGGGGAAGAGGACAAGGAUUAUGUGCCUCGGAGUCGCUCCUCUUCUGUGCACUCCAUGGAAUCUCAAAUGUCCAAUGCUUUGUCAAAGGUUAACUCGAACGUUUCGCUCUCAGAUAUUCCAAUUUUAGCGGAAGGUUCUAAUGAACAACAAGACACCAUAGAGGUGGAAAAGACUGAGAAACCUUCUCUUAUAGGCAAUCUAGUUAGACAAAGAAGACAACAGGAGAAGCAAGACUAA